AUGACGGUGACAGGCGCACGCAAUAGUGACCUCGAAAGUCAACUUCCAGAUAUCCGCCCAGUAUCCAACAGCACCGAAAACAACACGGAGAAGAAAAGUGAUGACGGCCUCACUUUGGUCACAGGGGUACAACAUAAUUCUUUGAAAGUUCCCUCUUCAAGAUUCUCGUCGACAACAGCCUUGUACAAAGAAAGUAACGCUGUAGAAGACCUCCAACAACAGUUGCAUGACCUCAUUGUCGAUGUGGGAACCGCCUUUAUCUCCCACGGCGGUCCCUCUCAUCGUGUCCAGCCUGUCAUUGAAGCCCUCGGCCAAGUUUUUGACGUCCCGACAAAUGUGCACACCAUGAACAGUCAAACCGUGAUUUCUUUCCCACCGAAAAACAAAAGAGGUCCGCCAGCAAUGUACCCCAUCAUCAAAAGGGGGUCAAUGAACUUUACAAAACUCCCUUGUGUUUUCGAUUUGGUUAAGAGAAUCGUCAGGGACCCCGCGGGAUUGACUAUGCCAAAUAUCUAUGCUGAGUUGGAGAGGAUAGAGGGUUUGGAAAGUGCAUGGAACCAAUAUACGAUUGCGGCAUCUUAUGUGCCAGCGGCAGCGACGAGUGCAAUUAUGUUCUUUGGUGGAGAUUGGAAAGAUGCAGCAAUGUCAGGGGCGCUGGCAUUGAUUCCGGCGGCGUUACUUUUGGUUGCAAAUAGAUGGGAGAGGCUAUGGUGGACAUAUGAAUGCAUUGCGUGCUUUUUUGUCUCGCUGGUUGCUACUAUCCUUUCGAAGCAUUUCUGCUACUCGACAUUGAUUCUCUCUGCCCCCGUCACGCUUCUUCCAGGAUACACGGUUUCUAUCUCUGUCGUUGAGAUAAUGACUAAGAAUACAAUUGCUGGAUGUAUUCGGCUAGUGUAUACGGUUGUAUACCUGUGCUGCAUGGUGCUAGGUUUCACGCUUGCGCCCAUUCUAUACAACGCCCCGGGGAACAUGAGUGGAGAUGGGUUUCAGAGACUGCCGGUGGAUCUGUUGUCCACUUGUAACACAAGCCAGGGAAUUGUUGUCAAUAAGUUUUGGUUGUUUCUUUGUGUGCCGGUUUAUAUUUGUGCAUAUAAUAUUUACCUGAAGACACCAUGGCGUCAGUGGCCUUCCAUGAUUGUUAUCGGUAGUCUAGGCUACGGAGCUGGGUUCGCUUCGAAAUAUCUUUGGCACGCUCCUCCAGAAUUCAAUGCCUUCGCAGCUUCAUUCACCCUAGGGGUUUUCUCAAACAUUUGGGGAAUCAGGGGAUUGCUUUCUUUUGCCUACGGGGAUUACGAGAAGGGCAUCUACUGGAACUAUAGCAUGCUCGCUAUAUGUGUUUCUAUAUCACUGGCACUUAUAAUUUCAAACCACAUCUUCUUUGGAUUCAAACUUUUGAACCGGGGAGCGCCUCACCUCGAUUUUUGA